AGAUGAAAUUGGGUCGCCUAUCGAGGCACCCCUCCACCAAGUUCCUGAUAGUACGCCCUUUGAUAAAGCCAUCUUCAUCCACUUCUCAGCCUGGGGCGCUGCUAGCCAAGUACCCCGGUUAGGCGGAAGAGAGCCACACAAGUACUAGUAGGGCCUGAAAUAGUGACUAGCAGCAGUCCAUCGAUCGAAUUCAUCGGCCGAGCCGCCGUCAGCCCCAAAAAAAGACAAACUGCACUCUAACCUUGAACUUGAAGGCUUGUUGUCACAGUCUGAGUUCAUUUGUACUUCGCAUUAUUCGCCGCGAGCAGAGCCCUCAUUGCAUUGUAUGAGAUCCCUCCCCGACUGCAGUGUCGCGCCUGAACUCCAUCCUUUAUACGAAGUCCUCAAUGAUCGGCCGCCGCUCGCUUACAAUCACGCUCGAAGAUCCCGCCUGACAAGGCGCUCCUUAUCGCGUAUCCUUGCCGGUCGUCUGGCUCUACUUCCGCUUCUGUCCAUCAACGAACAUCCACAUCCCUUGCUGCUGUACUGCCGCACCAACCAUAUGCGCAUCACCUGUGGACGCGCAUAAGGAGACCGAUCAUGCCCUCAGGGAUCUCUAGGUCGUUACAAGAAUAACAGAGUUUCCGGCGGCCGGUCUACUGCGGGUUCCUAUCUCGCGUGUCCAGCAGGGGCUGCUAACGUCGCCAAAUGGCCUACGCUUCUGUCGCCCAAGCGGACCGUGAUGCCUUUGCCCACGACUCAAACUUGGAUUCCCCCAGUCUUCCCGACAUCUCCAGUCCGCACCUCUCUGCCAUGGGCAUUGCGUUGUCCGGAGAUGGGGAGCAAUCCGCUGAUCCGCAGGCCGGUCCGUCAAGAGGUGUUGGAUCUCUCUUGAAAUCUCUCGCGUCAACCCCUUCAUAUGAAAUCGUGGACGAGGAGGACUACGAGGAGCCUAUAGAGACAUCGCAGAAAACUGACGUGAAAAUGGAGGACUCUGGAUCGCACAAAGAUGACACUAUUACAUUCCAACCAGAAGAGCCGCCCAUCAGAACAGCCUCCAUUAGUCGCCAUCUUCCCCUCAAUCACCCUACACCGGAUCUACAUUCGCUGCAAGGGGCCUUCAUCAAGAAUGUGGAGCGCUUGGAAGAAAGCGCCGAGCGUCUGAGCAUGACCUCGAGCCUGGAAGAUGAGUUGAGCAAGAUGAGACAGGAUCAAAAGCGGUCAGAACGGCAGUCUUCCGCCCCGCUGAGCCUGAACCAUGUCCUUCAUCCAGCUCAGCAAAGACAGUUCUCGACUAGUUCGCUGUCGAAUUCGAUCAUAGGGGUCAAUCAAACAGCCAGGAUAGGAGGAUACUCUCCUUCAGGAUACAUCACGUCUCCCACUGGCUCAAUCAAGUCUGGUCUAGGCCCGAACCAGCUCCAACUGGAGAGACAGGUUUCCAAUGGCAGCCACCGUGAGGAAACGUUGCCGGAGCCUCCGGUAGAAGGUCGUCCGCUCCAGCUCACACCGCUCGACUUCACAGCACUUGGCCUCACCUCCGAUGACCAUUCGCCUGCGCCGAUUUCGCAUGAACGAAACACGGACCCAACCUCGCGUGAGUCGCCCGCCGGCUCCAUCCAAGAGGAGAGGCCCACCACUUCCGCAUCCAACGAUACAUACCGGCAAGCGCAGUCCGCCUUCCACGACUUCGAUGGUGUUCACUAUGGCGGCGACGGUUCCAUGGCGCGCCAGAUUUCUCUACGACGGCCACCACUAGCACGAGACUCUAAGGUUUAUCGCGAAGCGCAACCUGGAGAGAAAAUGAUAUACUAUCCUGCACCUGUGCCUGUCAUGCUCAAUCUGCCCCCGCGGCUUUCCAAAGUCAACAUCAGCGAACGGGAGAAACGCCGUCUACAAGCGCUUAGCGGGAUCCCGGAUGAAAUGCGCAAAUCCGCGGCAUGGCUGGCAGGUGCUGACACCAACACGCCGGCCCAGCGAGCCUCACAGCACCUGCCGUCACAGCUCCGUGCCAGUGCAUUCUUUGAAUACCCCAGCGCCACCGAACAGCUCGAGUUGAAGAAUGGUUCGGCUGUUCAGACUCUGGACAGUAUCUUAGACGCUGCCGCUUAUGCCCCUGUGAGUGCAUUCACUGACCAUCCGAUCGCCGGCCAGGUUGGCAAGGAAGUGUAUGGCGUGCACAAGUCGCCGCGGAAGAGUGUGCAACUUCCCAACCAAAAAGCAAAGAAGCGUCGAAGCUCUUUGAGUACCCUGCUUAGGACUCAACGUUCCAGCACUGCUCUGUCCGAGGCUCAGGUCGAUCGGCGGAACUCCCGAGAUUUCAAGCUUAUGGGUGAGGGCGAUCCGGACGCUAGUGAUGAUGACUUCGAUCACGCAGCCGCAGAGGCCAUCAUGCCCGAUGCAGACGAGCUGGAGCACGGUGAAGACGAGGAAGAGGCAGGAGAAGGCAUGGUCGAUCCUGGCUUUUCCACCGCCCCGACUACGUUGCUCGCAGAAUUGCAGCUGCGCAAAGAACAGCAGAAGCGGCGGAAUCUUACCGCGGCGCGCGCCUUUCCCAAUGGGAUGCAUUCGACUCUUCUUGAAAUGGAUGCUGUGACUCAAUUACAACAAAAGGCUCGCAAAACAAAACAUGUCACACUUGCCUGGGAAGAUCAUGAGGAGGCAGACAAGCAGAAUUUCGAUGACGAAGAUGUCCCACUGGGGCUGUUGUUCCCAGAAAAGGAUAGAGCGGCUCAUGCCAAUAUUCAUCGACCGGUCGGGCUGCUCGAAAGGCGCGAAAUGGAGGACAAUGAGCCACUGAGCCACCGACGUGCGCGACUACGGGGAGAACCGCUGCAGUCUCUAAAGUCUGACACUAGAAGCCACGCAGAAGAAGCCAGUCGUGCUCCUGUUAUCGAAGAUGUUCCAGGACUUACUGGGGACACCGUCCCCGAAACCGAAGAUGAGACAUUGGCACAGCGGGCGGCAAGGCUGAAGUUGGAGAAAGAGAAAGGCACUGCGGGCCAAUUCACCGAAGAAGUGUCCAGUCAACUCGGUUUAAAUGUUGCUGCUAAAGACCAAGAGCUCUCCAAGACGCCUGACGGGGAGGAGACGCUAGCACAGCGCCGGAAGAGGUUGAAGGAGGAGGCCCUCCUCGCCGGCACGCAAUCUGACAGUCGACCACGAAUCAGAUCAAUGCGCAGCAUGGCUGACAUUCUGCAAGCCCACCCAGUCGGAGCUCAAUCCAGAGAGGUCUCCAGCGAGUCAAAGGGACCUGAGCGACACAAUGGUCAACCAAAGGGUCCUUUGAUACAGUUUGACGAGAAUUCGGGAUUUCCUUCGGUCAACUACAACCAAGGGAUCCCUGUAUCACAAACCGCAAACUGGGGAUAUACCCAACAGAACGGCGCUUACAUGAACGCUCUACAUGGAAAUGCAUACAUGAACCAUGUACCUAAUGUUGCCCAGCCAUCCUUCUAUGGCGCUCCUCUGCCGAUGCAUAUGCAACAACCCAUGAGCAUUUACCCGUAUGGGUAUGGUGCUCAGCCAUACAUACAGGAUCCCAUGAUGGGUCCACCGCUUAAUCCGAAGCAGAGAGCACAGAUUGACCAAUGGCGACAAAGCAUUGUUCAGUGACGCCUGUUUGGAUGAAGGAUGUACAAUCGGCCUUCUUGGAUGGCCUUGGAAAGAAACCACCAUAGGGAUGGCGCUGAUGAAAGGCGGAAUAUAUACAUCUUGUAACACUGUAGAGACCUAGCCCAGGGACAUAAUCUUGACCGUAUGGGAUGGAGAUGUGGAAAAUCGCCUGAGGAUGAUGUUAUAUAAUGGCAGUCGUGCUUGAGAUGGUCUUAGUAUUGACCAAUGACCUAUGGCGUUGGAAUAAACAGAGAUGCUAUGCAAAGUGUCCAAUUAAGUGAACAACUACCUGGUUCAAAAUCCUGAACUGUUCUUUGAAGUAAAAUCGUG